CUGUGGAGUAUACAAGAUGGUAUCUGUAAGCAAACUUUUACUGGACAUGAAUCAGACAUCAAUGCAGUAGCAGUAAGUAUUCAGAACAUUUUUUCAUAAGAGUCUUGAAGAUUCACUUUUUGUCUCAGCUGUACAUGAUGUCAUGUUUGUGUACGAAGCUUGUUUUCUUUAGCAUUCUUGCUGAUUUUCUAUUGUGUUUUUAGUACUUCCCCAAUGGAUCAGCUUUUGCAACAGGAUCUGAUGAUGCCACAUGUAGGCUGUUUGACGUCCGCGCCGAUCAGGUGAGGCUUCACUUUUAGUUAACCCUUUAAGUCCCAAUAUCCACAUACAAAUUCUCUAAACUGAUCUCCAUACAUUUCCUUGAAGACUUAGUUGAGAGAGUUUGGUAAAAGAUCAAAUAUUUUUCUCUUUGUGAUCAUUUUGUUAAUUUUCAUAGACUUUGCUCAUGAUAGUCUAUGGAUAUCGUUAGGAGAAAAUUGAUUUUGAGCACUAUUGGGACUUAGAGGGUUAAGUUCCCUUCCAUCAGCGUGCAAUGAAAGUGGUGUCCAAAGCCCGGAGCAAGUGGAUUUUGCUAUCAGGCUGGGGAUUUAAAUUGCAGAAGAACUGCAAUCAAACUGGCUUGUCAGAAAGGCAAACUGUGACUCUGACUUUCUUUGCACCAAGGCUGCAUUGCAGAUGUAAUUUAAUUUGGUUAGUACAUUCUGUAUCAUCUGUGAAGCAACACUGAUAUCCUUGUUCUGGCUGUUUUGGGCCCCCUAAUGGAUUGAGCAAAUUACCAGAGGUACGUUUCGAAUUUCUCUUCCAUCUUUAUUGGCAAAUCGAGAGUGGCUUCUUAACAGACCAAUCAUGGUGUGUACUCAAAUCCUAGUACACAGGUGAGGGCCCAGAACAAAUAUUUCAAAGAUGGAUGUAACCAGAGUUUAGUUUCGUCUAUGACGCAGGCUACUUUGCACCCUCCCUUUUGAGCAGUAUUUAUCGUCAGUUGGAAUGAGUCAGUCUCCUACAUAGAUGUUUGGUAAUCUUGAAGCACUGAAUCUGUUUCUAAUCCACUGUGCUUUGUUUUGUUUUGUCAAAAAUAGGAGCUCAUGGUGUAUGCCCAUGACAAUAUUAUCUGUGGAAUUACCUCAGUGGCCUUCUCCAAGAGUGGCCGUCUGCUGUUAGCAGGUUAUGAUGAUUUCAACUGCAAUGUGUGGGACACAUUGAAGGGAGAGAGAGCCGGAGUAUUAGCAGGACACGACAACCGCGUCAGUUGUCUGGGUGUUACUGAAGAUGGAAUGGCUGUCUCCACAGGAAGCUGGGACAGUUUCUUGAAGAUAUGGAACUGA